UGUGCCAGAGCAAAGAUGAAGUUCCUCCUCGUCCUCGUCCUGAUCCCCGCCUGUGUGUGGGCCGACCAUGAGCACGGCCACCACGACAUGAGCUAUGUGGUCAAGAGCCACGACGAUCUGGUGACCUAUCGCCACUUUUGCGCCGAGAAGGUCCACGCCUCCGCGGAGCUGGUGGAGCAGUACAAGAAGUGGCAGUACCCCGACGACGCCGUCACCCGCUGCUACAUGGAGUGCGUCUUCGAGAAGUUUGGAUUCUACGACCCGGAGCACGGCUUCGAUGUCCACAAGGUGCAUGUGCAGCUCUCGGGAGCGGGCUCAACGGUGGAUCACAACGAUGAGACCCACCAGAAGAUUGCCCACUGCGCGGAGACGCACUCCAAGGAGGCCGAUUCCUGCUCCAGGGCCUACCACGCCGGCAUGUGCUUCAUGAACGCCAACCUGCGCCUGGUCCAGCACAGUGUCCAGGUCUAGGGGGCGUCCAGGGACAGUGAUGGGGGGAUUCCCUGCCCCUCAGCCAGAACCAGAAUCAUCCUGAUCGAUUGUCAAAAGUUCAAGUUUAAAAUAAAACGGUUUUUCCGAAGGA